UCUCUCACUCGCUCCAGGUCGAGGCUCCUGCUGGAAGUACCCGGAGAGAAGCGUCCUCCUGUCGGAUCCAGUCACUGGAAAACACCGCGGUGCCGCCGGGACUCUCUGCGGGGGAAACGAGCACCACCAGCGGGUUUGAAUCUGAGCCGGAGGAGGGCAGGGGGAAAGCGGGUCAGAGGACCACUGAUCGAUACCCUCGGGUUGUGUGUGUUUUCGUUUGGAAACACAAACACACACACACACACUCUCUCUCACGCACAGUCACAGGUUGCUAGCGGAGCGGAUGCUAACCGAGCUAGCCCCGUUAGCUCCCCGCGGCUAGCUAACCACCACCGGGACCAACCACCCUCCGGAGCCGGGGAUAGAGUGACCGGAGGCGGCCGGACCCUCCCCCCACGGGCCGCUCCACGCACCGGGGCACGAUGAGGUGUUUGUCGGGUUGUGAGUCCCGCUGGCCGGCUGCUAGCCUCGGCUGACCGGAGCCCGGAGCCCGCUCCCCCGGACAUGGACUCUCUCUCCUCCCGGGUUCUGAUCUCUCUUCUCUGAAGCUGGACUUUGCUCUCAGGCCGUGCUAAGCCGCAGUCCUCCCCCGGGUUUAACCUCAUUCUGUCGGGCGAGUGCUUCACUAAAUCCCGCCUGGGUGGAGGAGGAGGAGGGAAAAAGAGGAAGAGGGGGAAAAAAAAAAAAAGUUUGGGAGAAGUUGAGGAUUUUUCCGAGCCUGUGGAAAAAUGGAUGCGGGUAUAGAGAAGGAAUGCAGCGCCUUGGGAGGGCUCUUCCAGCUCAUCAUGACCGACAUGAAGGCCAGUUAUCCGACAUGGGAGGACUUUGUGACCAAAGGAGUCAAACUGCAGUCACAGCUCAGGACGACCAUCGUGGUAACUGGAGCCUUCCUGGAUGCUUUUCAGAAGGUGGCAGAUAUGGCAACCGGGACCAGAGGUGCCACGAAGGAGAUCGGCUCGGCCCUGACCAGGAUGUGUAUGAGACACCGCAGCAUCGAGUCCAAACUCAAACUGUUCACUACAGCUCUCUCAGAAAGUCUCAUCACUCCGCUGGAGAUGAAGAUGGAGGAGUGGAAGAAAGCGGCCAGUCAGCUGGACAAAGAUCACGCCAAAGAGUAUAAAAAAGCCCGGGCAGACAUCAAGAAGAAGUCGUCAGACACCAUCAAGCUGCAGAAGAAGGUGAAAAAGGGGAAGGACCAGGCGCGGGGACAGCUGGACUGCGCACUGCAGGACGUCAACGUGCGUUACGCUGUCCUGGAGGAGGCGGAGAAGCGAGCCGUGUGCAGGGCGCUGAUAGAGGAGAGGGCGCGCUACUGCAACUUUGUCACCAUGCUGAAACCUGUCCUGGACCACGAGAUCAACAUGCUGGGUGAGGUGACCCACCUCCAGACCAUCCUGGGAGAUCUGAUGAACCUGACAGCCGAGCCCAAUAAACUUCCUCCGGCCAGCGAGCAGGUCAUCUCAGACCUGAAGGGUUCUGACUUCAACUACAGCUACCAGACACCUCCAGCUUCUCCAAGUGGCACACUGUCCAGGAAGAGCAGCAUCAGCAGUAACUACCAGUCUGGAUCUGUGAGACACGUUCCCUCACUGGACUCCAUCAACUGUGCUGUGGAUGGAGUACACAUCCAGGACACACUGGGAUCCAACAGUCAGAUUGCUGCUGGGGGAAGUAGAGGCCCGGAGAACGGGCUGCUGGCUCCACCACACAGCGGCUACGGAGAGAGAACACGAGCCAUGUCUGCGUCUGGGAAGUCCUGCUCGGCCCGGGAUCAGCUGGCGUUGACCCUGGGUGCGUUGAAUUCGGACGCCCCGAGAAGCAGCCGGGACUCUCUGCACUGCUCCAGCGGCUACAGCACGCAGACCACCACCCCCUCCUGCUCCGAGGACACCAUCCACUCACACACUGUAAAGAGAGAUCCUCCCCUCUAUGUCGACUACGAGUGCAUCUCUCUCCACGGAGACGCCGACUCCGUCUCCUUACACCACCUGUCCCACGGGAACAGCCAGUCCGACUUCGACAGGUCCUCCACCAUGCCCAGGAACUCCGACCUCGGUUUACAGUACAGGAAGUUCGCUCAGUCCAAACGCCCCGCCUCCACCGUCAGCCUGUUGGCCGACCCCGAGUUGAUGGGCGGGUCUGUCCGCCAGCUGCCGUCCCACACGGCGACCAUCAGGCGCAAGCCGUCGUCCAAGCCCACGUAUCGCAGGGGGACAAUCAGCGGAGGGGUGCCCAUCCCCAUCAGCACCCCGAAGGUCCCCAUGAAAGCAGUUGGAGGAAGCGGCGGCAGCGAGGACAACGUCUUCAUAGCGCCCCCUCCUGUCGGAGUGGGAGGCUUAGGUCACAGCAAACUGUGCACCUCCACGCAGAGCCUCAGCGCCUUACCGCCCUCCUCCUCCUCCUCCUCUCCGUACUACCAGCUGGUCCCAGGCCACAUGCCCAUCCCGGUGCCCAGUCCCACUGUCCCUUCCCUGCCAGCAGAGGGCAGCAACACCAGACUGCAGCAACAGAGACAGUACCAGCAGCAACUGCAUCCGCAUCCGCACAACCAACAACUCCAGAUUCAGCAGCAGCAGCAGCAAUAUUAUCAGCAGCAGCAGCAACAUCAGCUGCAUCUUCAGCAGCAGCAGCAGUUCCAGCAUCCGCAGGCUCUGCUCCAGCAUCAGGAUCAGAAGCAGGAGCAGCUUCAGAAGCUUCAGCAGCUUCAGCAUCAGGUCCAGCAGCAGCAGGCUCUGCUCCAGCAACAGGAUCAAUACCAGAAGCAGGAGCAGCUUCAGCAGCUUCAGCAGCUUCAGCAGCAGCAGCAGAACCAGCUGCAGAAACAGAAGCUGUUCCAGCAGCUGCACCAGGCCUCCACCCCCCAGGCAGACCUGUCCUGGCCGGACCACAGCACUCACCCCCAGCCCCAUUCUCCUCCGCCCUCCAGCCAGGAUCAGAACCCGGAGCCGCUGACCCAGGACGGAGGAGGGGGAGGAGCCCGAGACAUGCUGACCCUCAUGAGGGGAGUAAAGCUCAGAAGGACCCUCACCAACGAUCGCUCCGCCCCUCUUCUGCCGGCCCCAGCCAAUCACAAAUGAGGCUGAGCGACUGCUUUGCUUCCCGGGGGGUUAACGUUACGUUUAAUGGGUUCGACGCCCAGAAGAGGCACCUGAGGGUGUUAGCACAGACUUUGCAAACACACUGACGAAUCGCUGGUACUUGACGUGUAUCGUGUUUUAUUUUCUUCCCUUUUAAGUCGUUUAGAUUUCUGUUUUAAAACAUUUUGAGACGUUUGAUGUCUUUCCCUGUUGCUGUAGCAACCGUCUUUCUGCUUUUUUCUGCUUUUUGUUGGCAUUUUGAUUGUGCAUAAAGUUUUUUUGUUUGACCCAGUCUCGCCGCAAGAGCUGCUUGUUUUAGUUAGCGCUCACCUCCUGGUCAGGUGACCGUUCUGAGGCUCGUUAAUUGGCCCAAAAUGAAGCUGUUGGUGUCUCAGAUCCUUUUCAGUCCUUUGUGCGUUUGAUUCGCCUGUUGCCUCCUCCUCCUCCUCCCAGUAGGAGGGUGGGGUUUAGUCAUCAGUCCAGUAGCUCCACUGUGUCACGUGGUUGAACCGCGGCGUGUGGAGCUUUUAAUUUGCUUUAAUUUGUCGUAGAUUGUUUCAUUCGUCUCAAAGAGUUGAACACGGAACCAGACUCUCCCUGAAUAAAACAUCACCUACUGUGUCUGUAGACUGUAAAUACAUCAGAACAAAGAAAGCUGAGGGAACACCGGGGGGGG